AUGUUCUACGGACUGCUGAGACGAGGCACGCGCCUUUGGGUGCGCUCGAUGGCUACACAAGCGAGGGGUGCUUCCUCCAUAUUGGAAAAGAAACUUGACGACGUGGUCAUUACGUUUGCGAAGCGUACCGCGCUCGGUCGCUCAGAGAAGGGCCAGUUGAAGGACAUCCCAGUAGAUGAACUGAUGCAGGCCUUAAUCAAGGUAUCUCUUCAGAAGAGCAAGCUAGAUCCUGCAAAGGUUGAGGAUAUCUGUGUAGGAACGUGCCAUCCGCCAUCCCCCACGUACAUUUCGCGAGCAGCGGCAAUUGCGGCUGGUAUUCCUGCGGAAGUACCCGUAUUCGCUGUGAAUCGACUAUGCGGCUCUGGGCUUCAGGCAAUUAGGAUUAUCUCCAAUGCAAUCCAGGCUGGGCAUAUCUCCGUGGGCAUGGCAAUCGGUGUGGAGAGUAUGUCACUGCACCCUAGACCCACACCGCAGAUUGUGGACUCGGUCGGUGCUAACACACAAGCCUACGAUUGUGUGCAACCAAUGGGAUGGACAUCCGAGGUGGUGGCGCAGGCGUACAAGAUCUCGCGAGAAAAGCAGGAUCAGUAUGCUCUAAUAUCCCAUUCAAGGGCAGAACAGGCAUCUGACUCAGGCUUCUUUGCGGAGGAGAUAGUUCCGAUUGAAUUGCGUGGAACGGUAAUCUCGGUAGACGAUACAAUCCGCAGGGGAACCACACUCGAGGGUCUGUCCAAGCUCUGUCCCUCAUGGCCAGAAUGGGGAGAAGCCUCGAGCACGGCGGGGAACUCAAGUGGUCUAGGUGAUGGUGCAGCUUUAUGCAUCUUGACUACGCGGAAGCAUGCUGAGAGGGAAGGCUUUCACAUCGUCGGCAAAUAUGUUGCUAGCACAUUCAUUGGGGUAGAGCCAAGGUACAUGGGAAUAGCACCCAUCGUAGCUGUUCCGAAGGUCCUCGCACAAACCGGCUUAACUCAAGAUGACGUCGACGUGUAUGAGAUCAAUGAAGCAUUCGCGUCGCAGUUUGCUUACUGCGUAGAGAAGCUACAAAUUCCGAUGGAUAAGAUCAAUCCUAACGGAGGAUCCAUCGCAUUGACGCACCCUCUCGGCAUGACUGGGGCACGCCAGGUUGUGACUGGCCUUGCGCAACUCAGGCGCCAAGGCGGCAAGAUUCUCUGCACUAGUAUGUGCAUAGGGAGCGGUAUGGGCGGGGCUGGGAUCUUCGUCAACGAGGCCAACGCUUGA